AUUUUUAAGGUUCGAUGUGUUGCGUUAUCGAAUUUAGAGGUUUCAUUCUUUUUUUAAUUAUUCAAAUCUAGCGAAUCAACUGUUAUAAUGUGGGAGAAUACGAUAAAAUACUUAAAAGAUCCAUUAUUAGUUAUUAAAGUACAAAAUUUUUUCGGCGUCACUUAUAAAUCUAACAGACAGAUCAGUGAUACGAAGAGCGAACAGUCUAAAGUGAUAAAUUCAGAGAGACUAGACCGCCUGAGAGAAGAAUGCGAUAUCAAACAGCACAAGAGGAUACCAAGCAACAUAUCUAACAGCUCACAGUCCUCGUACGACACUGAUACCUCUGGAGAAACAACGACGAAAGACGAUCUCGGGCUCUCAAUCAAUAACAAAUUCUGGUACUACUUGUUUGUACUCGGAACUGAGUUAGGAGAUGAGAUAUUCUACGCUACAUUCAUACCGUUUUGGUUUUGGAAUAUUGACGGCGCCGUAGGACGGCGAGUCGUAUUGGUUUGGACUGUCGUUAUGUACAUUGGACAAGGUUUUAAGGAUAUAAUUCGAUGGCCUCGCCCUGGUUACCCAGUAAAGAAGUUACAGCAGAAAUGGGCUAUAGAAUACGGUAUGCCCUCCACUCACGCCAUGGUGGGAGUGUGCAUGCCAUUCUCAGUAUUACUCUAUACAAUGGACAGGUAUAUUUACCCAGUCCACUGGGGGAUACUGAUAGCAGUGUCAUGGUGUACCCUGAUCUGUGUUAGUAGAGUAUAUCUGGGAAUGCAUAGUGUGUUGGAUAUUGCAGCAGGCUUGCUCCUCGCUUCAUCUCUGCUAUUCAUCCUGAUACCUGCGGUAGACCGACUGGACGGUUUCCUCCUCACGUGGGAGUGUGCUCCCGUGUUGGUCAUCACACUCUCAAUACUUGUCAUCGUGUUUCAUCCUAAUGCCGAUAAAUGGACACCAACUAGAGGCGACACGACCAUGAUCGUGAGCGUGUGCGCGGGCAUCCUGACCGGCUCCUGGACCAACUACCGGCUGGGGAACAUGACGGCCGACGACCGGGGCCCCCCCUACCGCAUCAUAUGGCCCUCCGUGGAGAUGCUGGGCUGCACCAUCCUCAGGACGACGCUGGGCUUCUGCGGCGUGUUGGCCACCAGGGCCAUCGGCAAGUCAGUGUCGUACGCCUUCAUCUGCGCGCUGCUAGGCAAAGACAAGAACGAAUUGAGGAAUUCUGAAGAUAGUUUAGACAAUAAGCACAAGGUGACAGUGGAGCUGUGCUACAAGUACUUCACGUACGCGAUGGUGGGCUUCAACACCACGUUCGUGUUCCCCAACGUGUUCUCGCUGCUCAGCAUCAACAGGCCCACCUACUACACAGAGGUCUAGGGACGCCCGUGCCAGCUCACACUUGCUCCAAGCUCUGCUUCGUUUGACAACCCUAAUUCAGUUAUAUCCCAUGGAAACUAAUUCUGUGUUUACAUGUGGGAAUAUAAUUAACGAUAAUUUUAUAUUUGAAUACAAGAUUCGGAAUGUCCCACACUGCUAGCACUCAACUUGAGACUGGGUAAGGUUGAUUGAACUUUAAAAUACUAACCAUUCAAUGUAAAAUAACAAAAAAAAUAGAAUUUAGCACAGACUCGAAGAGAUAAUACAGGAUUCUAAAAAAUAAUUAUUGAAUUAUAAAAAAAAUAACAGUGUGCAAGUUUCUCUCGGUACUGAAAUAAUUAUCAUUUACUACUUCAGUAUAAAUGUUAAACAAUAUUUGCUUGCUGAUCCAACGCGCUGGUGCGGCCGCUGACCCCCGCGAUAGGACGUCCAAACUGCCUUACGUGUGGAUGUUGUGGAGCUCCCAGCGCCAGGCCCUCCGUCUCGUGCGAUUAGCGGUAGGCAGCGGCUUGGCUCUGCUCCUGGCAUUGCUGAAGUUCAUGGGCGACGGUAACCACUCACCAUAAGGUGGACCGUAUGCUCGUCUGCCUAAAAGGGCAAUAAAAAAAAAACUCCGAGGGGACUGUCUAUUAAAUCUGAUAUACAUUUAAAUGUGAUGAGCUGCUAUAAAGUCCAUUAAGUUGAAGUGAUAUCAAUAAUUCUCAGGUUACGGGAGAUAAAGGUUACGUGUUAUCGUUUUUUUUAAUAGAAUGAUGUUUCACAGUUUUUCUUCUCGAAUAUAUUUUUCUAACUCUGUUUAGUAAUAAACGGUGCAAUAAA